CAGUGAAAGCGGAGCAUUCAUUUAAGGACCUUGACUGGCACGGCUGAAGCCUGGAGGUAGUGAUUCAGCACCAGCGGACAAGAGAUAGAGGAGGAAUAAAUAAAGACAGACAGAUAGGAAGGGAAGAAGGAAAGGAAAAACGAAGAGGAGAAGAAGAGCGUGAGCUGCGCGCUGGAUUGGAGCCGUUAUUUCAUUGCUGAACAACAAAACCAUGCAACGGUGGAUUUUUUUUGCCGAUUAAAACUUCUCCUCUCUCAGAUUAAACCUUCAGCUCUUACUGAAAAUUCACCGAAACUCCAGUAAAAUCGGAUUUCGCGGAUGCGUCGAGCGCACAGGACCUAUCCAGGGGUGUAGCCGUGGUGCUUCGUGCGUCUUUGCGCUGGUAGAGGCUGAGAGUGUGUGUGUGUGUGUGUGUGUGUGUGUGCGUGUGUGUGUGUGUGAGAGAGAAAGAGAGAGCUGGUGGAGGAUCAGCCGGAGUGGCCGACCAGUCAGGAGGAUGCUGGAGGGCAAUGCCUGCAGAAACAGAGGAUGAGAUUUGUCGAAAGGCGCUGGAAUUGCUCUCCGACCUGUGCUCCAAGGGAGAGGUGCAGGACGACAACUGCCUGGAUUUCAUUUACUACUUCAGGGACUUGGCCAGACCGCGUUACACGGACUCAGAUGUAUCGGUGAGCCUGUUGUCCCUUCUGGUGACCACCUGUGGUCUGGCUCUCUUCAGCGUCUCCCUCUUUGUCUCAUGGAAGUUGUGCUGGGUGCCACUGAGUGGCCGUUUCCUCCCGGAUGUCCUCAAAGGAGCGUACUUCCUGGGAGGAGACCAACAGCCUGUCCUCACAGAGGUGGACGGGGAGGAAAGGGAGUACAGCGAGGAUGGCUGUGUGAAGGAGCCUUCAGGCCCCCCCUCGGCUGUGGCUGUCCCAGAGUCAGCCCUAAAGAUAAGCCACACGUCGCCUGACAUCCCGCUGGAGACCCAGAAUAAGGUGGAGAAAAACCAGGUCCACACUCUGGCCAGGGACAGGGUCCAGAGACAGAUUACUGAGCCUACCUCAUCUGUACGGCACAACUCCAUCCGUCGUCAGAUGAACUUGUCCAAUCCGGAUUUCAAUCCUGCUCAGUUCCAGCGCCAGGAAUCUCUGUCUGGUUUGGGUAGAAUCAAACCAGAACUGUACAAGCAACGCUCGGUUGACGCAGAAGAUGGUCGUCGCACCGACAGCUGCGGGCGUCUCCACUUUGUCCUGAAGUUUGACUUUGACAUUGAGCAGCUGAUCGUGAAGAUCCACAAGGCCCAGGACCUCCCCGCCAAGGACUUCUCAGGGACCUCCGAUCCUUACGUCAAGAUCUACCUGCUGCCUGACCGCAAAAACAAGCACCAGACCAAGGUGCACCGCAAGACACUCAACCCAGUGUUUGAUGAGGUAUUUCUCUUUCCUGUAGCAUACGCCGAGCUGUCAGGCCGGAAGCUGCACUUCAGCGUCUACGACUUUGAUAGGUUCUCUCGCCAUGAUUUGAUUGGCCAAGUGGUGGUGGACAACUUCCUGGAUCUUGCUGACUUUCCCCGUGAGACAAAACUGUGCCGGGACAUACAAUAUGUAACCUCGGACAAUGUGGACCUGGGAGAAUUGAUGUUUUCAUUGUGCUAUCUCCCCACGGCUGGCAGGCUCACAAUCACCAUGAUCAAAGCCAGAAAUCUCAAAGCCAUGGACAUCACUGGAGCUUCAGAUCCUUAUGUGAAAGUGUCCCUGAUGUGUGAAGGCCGGAGGCUAAAGAAGAGAAAGACAUCAACCAAGCGUAAUACUCUGAACCCGGUGUACAAUGAAGCCAUUGUGUUUGAUGUUCCUCCUGAGAACAUCGACCAGAUCAGUCUGCUCAUAGCUGUCAUGGACUAUGACCGGGUCGGACAUAAUGAAGUGAUCGGUGUGUGCAGGGUGGGCAAUGAGGCCGAGAGUCUGGGGCGAGACCACUGGAGUGAGAUGCUGACAUAUCCACGGAAACCCAUAGCACACUGGCACCCACUCAUAGAGUGGGUCGGACAGGGAGCAGUGGUCAUUGGAAGCCAAGGAGGAUCCACCAAUUCCCUGAAGACACCACCAUCGCCAUGACCGUACACACAAACGCACACACACACACAGACACAGAGCCUCGGUGUGGUAGAAAGAUAGAUAAUGGACAGUGUAUUAAAACAUACAGUACAUGGUGUGACUAACAAGCAACUAAGUAGUAACAUCAACUAAAAGCCAUUACUUAAACGGGUGUGUCAUUAGAUUUAACAAGGCUUUAGUGUGGUAAGACUUACUUACUUUAGUCCCUUCACAUUCAAGAAACACUUAACUACAUUCCAAAUGAACUACGAGAGUACUUUCAUUAGUCAUUAUAAGUUGGUACUGACAGUAUUAACAGGUUGAGAUCAUCUUACAUGUUAAGCUGUUUUAGCAACUUGCAGUCUGUGGACCAAAAUCAUUUAUUUUUAGGCCAACAUGUGAAGCUGUUACUUGUGAUUUGUGCAAGCUAUAAUAGAAACAGUAAGAGUUAGACAGGUGAGGUUAAAGAAGUAGAAAGGACAGAGAUGGAUUUCUAUCCAGAUCAUCAAAGUUUCAGCUUUUUUCGACAUUUGUUUGGCUGUUGUGUUGAAUUCAAACUCAUGCAUUGGUAAAGUGUUGCUUACACUGUUGUUACAGCAGACGUGAACAAAGGAGAUUUUCUUGGUGUAAACAUUAGUUUUUGUUCUAUGGGCAACUUUCGCACAGAACACUUCCUGUAAAGAUGUAAACUUGAAUGGAUUUGCUCCAAGAACGUGUAAAGCAGCUGACAAAGGAAACAUAGAGGGGCGGAUUCACAAAUAAUGGAUUGCAGCCGCUGAUAGCAUCAUGAAUUGUGCUUCACUUGCAACCGCUGUUUGCUCUGUCUCAAGGUCUGAUUCACAAUGGAUAUUGCUCUAAUGAUAUUACAGUGCAGACAUGCCCAUGAAGUUUUGCAGCUGAGUGCAAUAUGCCCUUGUUUUGCAUCUGUUAAAUGUUAAUCUGUAAUUUUUUUGUAGUGGUCCCAGAAAUAUUUGUUCUUAAAGUAUACUGAAGUACCAACUCACACAACUGCUUAAGCAACAUUUGAGUUAGAAAAUGUUAUAGAUGCAACUUUCUACUCAUAUCUUUGAAUGUUUUUUUGAAAGAGAAAAUAUUCUAAUUAUCUGUUAACUCCCCCCUGCUCUUUCAUUCAUUUCUGCAGGAUGCCUCUGUAUGGAGAGUUGUGUCAGACUGAUGUCAUGUCUCUAGGAGCAUGGAGAGCUGUUUUCUUUACUCUGCUCUGUGCUGGGCUGUUACAGUGCGUAGACAUUGUCUCUGCUUCUCACAGCAGUAGGUUUUAUGUUUCAUUUCCUCGUGGUGAAUAUCAGUAAUUGUACUGUCUGUGCCAUCUGCGUGCAUAUGAUAUACUAUUCCUUUGCUUGGCUACAGUCACCACUGCCAUGAUCGCUGGAAAGUCUGUGUGUGAAACACCUUAUAAACACACAUACCACCAACUCUCUGAAGAUGCUAAUAAUUUCACUCUAACUUGCUAGCGUGUGGCUAUUAGCGCCAGUGUUUGUGAGUCAGGCUUUCUUAGCAGUGAGGCUAAUUUGAAUAGAAAAUGGCCAAUUGUGCACCAAAUGUGCUCAUAUUACCAGAUUUAAAUUCAUGCAAAUAGCACCAGUGCACAGAGACCCUAUUGGCUUGGCAGCGUAGUUAGGGGUGAAUUUCACCCUUUGUGAGUACUGUGGGAGUUAACACUGUUUCUUUUGUCCUAUUUGUGCAAGUUGCGCAGUGCUUUUGUGAGUUCGCCCCAAAGUGUUUUUAUUUACUGCAUGGUAAAUUGUCAUACUUUGUAAACAGGGUGUGGUCAAAAUAAAAGAAACGAAACGAAACUGCUGGUGGCAGUGAAAGUGGCAUUUUUUUUUUCUGGCAAAAGGUCUGCUGAUGCCCUGUUAUUGAUAAUCUCUAAAUACAGCAAACUAAUGUUUCUUAUUGGUAGUUUUGGGUUUCUGAGAUAAAGGAUAAUUCAACUUGAGUAUUAUAUUUUAUAUAUGUUUUAUGUGUUUUAGCUUGUUUCAGGCAAUUUGAUUUAACACAACUUAAAAGUUCAGUUUGUAAGUUUUAGUGGCAUCUAGUGGUGAGGGUUGAGAAUUGCAGCCAACGACUCACUCACCUCUCACCCCUCCCUUUGCGAGCGCGUUGGAGAAGCUACGGUGGCCGACAUGCUUUGUCGGCUCUUAUGCUAAAUACUGAUGGUCAAAUUUUCUCUUCUUACUUCGAAACAAACCAGAUGACUACUACUAUUACUACUACUACCACCUCUUCUUCUUCUUCCUUCUUACAUUUACAUUUACAUUUAUUCAUUUAGCUGACACCUUUAUCCAAAGCGACUUACAAUUGCUAUACAUGUCAGAGGUCGCACGCCUCUGGAGCAACUGAAUCGAACCCAGGUCUCCCACACCAAAGGCAAGCAUCUUAUCUAUGCGCCAUCACCACCCCGCCAUCACUCUUCAUCGUACUUAUUCAAUGUAGUGAUGUAACGCGCACUGUAGAGCAGUUUGUUUACUUAGGGCUACUGUAGAAACAUGAUGGCACAACAUGGCAAAUUCUAUUUAAGGGGACCCGCAGUGUAUUUAGAUAGAAAUGGCUCAUUCUGAGGUAUGAGGUAUUAUGUAAGGUCUUUAUACACCACUGAAAUAGUUCUAAAAUGAGCACAAACUAAGCUAAUAUAAUUAAGGUCUUAAAAGUAGAUUUCAAAACUAGGUCCUUGGUUGAUUUUGUACUUGAUUUAUAAGCAGCAUUAAUUGAUUGUUUGGUCACUUGAAGGCAGCAGAGGCGCUAUAAACACAUCAUUCACAUAUUAUAACCUUAUAAAGUUGUAAGCAAGCAUUUUCCUGUUUACAUAUUCAGCAGACAGAGAGCAACAUUAGAAUUAAUUCAUGCUAAAUCAUGUUUCUGGCCACCUGGUGAAGUCCAACAUCCACUCUCAUUUUAGCUCUUUAGUGUCCACCAACUCUUGAGGACAUAUCCCUACAUAUCAUUUGUCACUUAUACACCGGUAUCUUGCCCAACAAUGACAAAACAUUUUUUUGUAGGUAUUCUUAAUGGUAUUUUAGAGUUUGUAGUUUUCUGGAAAACAAUAAAAAUGUUUUAAUUUAAAUGUAUUAAUUUUAUUAAUUUAUUAAAAUUUUCCAGUUAUACGCUUUCUCAAUUUUUAUGAUGGCUUUGUUUCUGGGGGCCAGCCGGGCCUCACUCUAAUGUCCUCUAGCUGAUCUGCUCUUUUCUGAUGGACAGAUAGCUUUACCUGUUGCUAAAGCAAGUGCUAACUGUUGCUAACUAGCUGCCGUUAUGUUAGCUCAGUUAGCCACUGUCAACGCCACGUAUAUUUUGCGGAUGCAAAUAGCACUCUGCUUUCUGUAUCAUGUGAACUUUGAUGCUAAACCGCUGCAUUAUGAGUGAACUGCAGGAUCUUUACUUAUUUAUUUGUUCUUUAUUUAGCAAUACAGAAUGCAUGAGAGCCUUCCUGCAUUAUAUUCUAUUACAUUUUUAUAGUUUUAAUUGUCACCUGCUGCCUAAAUUUUGUGUUUCCCUUUACAUAAAGAAAUGUCCACAAUAAAUUGAUGCACAAAUUGGUGCAGAAGAAUAUCACCAGAAUGCAGGAAAUAAAGUGUUUAAUGCUCAAACAUUUCAGAGGGCACCCCCAGAACCCCAACUUAGUAUGUGGCCCCUCCAAUGUUGAACUAUACUCUAGCAUUUCAACAACAAAAUGUCACAGAGGGCCUACUCAUAAAAUGCACAGAACUCAGCGACACUGAAUCUCACUCCAGGCUAAACUGAAAAGUUGGCAGCCCUGUAUAUACAGAUUUGAUAUUAAUUUAAUUAUGUGCAACUAAUUGACUGGGGCUUUAGUGAUUCUGUCAGGGGAGAAAGGGCGAACCCAUUAUAUUACCUAAACUGUUAGACAUCCUGGUUCAACUUUGACCUACUGUACUCACCUCAGUCGUGUGCACUUGAUUUCCCUCGGAAUGAGGUCUUAUUAGCAACAUUUUUGGUGCACUUUCCUUUGGAGGUUUAGAUAUUCUGGAUAAACUGCUGGCUUGCAUGCCUGUCUGUUUUUUUUUUUUGCCCCAUUUGACUUCUUAGAAAUGUCAACAUGUUUCCAGAUCUCAGCAAGUACUCUGGUGAAUACAAUGUUAUCAUAAAUGAUCUAUCUAAGAAAAUGAUUGCAGAUGCAGGACUCUUCAGAAAGCCUUGUUUUAUUGAAAUCAUUCUUGUCAAACCAGUGGUUAACUACUUGUGCCUUCUUGAUGGGGGGAUUUGUCAUUGUAAAAGGCUUCAUUUAGAAAGACGUCCCUCAAAUAAUGAAAAAAGACAACACAGAAUCAUGUUGUCAAUAGUGAUGUAUUUGCUUUGCCAUGAAGUGAGUGACUGGAUUGUUUCUAUUUGGAAAACACUUGCAGCAGCCCUAUCCCAUUUUAACAGGACUUUAUGUUCUUUUCUUUUAAUUUAGACCACGCCCUGCAGAUGUUUUAAUUAACCAGUGUUUGUUUGUUUUUGUAAAUUGAGUUUAAUACCAGUAUUGUUUAUGUCUUCACUGUCACAAAUAGCAAUGGAAAUUUCUUCUGUGUUUAUAGGUACAAUGCAUGCAUCAUUUUUUGUGAGUAAUUUUUAAAAUCUUUCUCCUGUUGUGAGAUACUAAUCAAAGUGUAAACACAAGAUGUAUUAUGAACCUACGGCAGACUGUGUAAAUUGUCCAUUCAGAUGUUAUUAAUAAAUAUUUCUAUAUAUA